UGCGCGCCACAGAGCAUCUGUACACGGUGCGUCGUCGUCGGGCGAAGAAGUGAUUGGCGAAGUUAGCGUGAAAAAAAUUCGACUUUCGAAGGCGUUCGAACACUGUGUCGCGUGAUGUUUAUGCGGACUCUGCACAGGUCUCUGUCGCCGGCAAGGAAGACAUUGUCCAUCGUCCCUGUCACCUCUGCGAGCUACCACGAGAAGGUUAUUGACCACUACGAGAAUCCUCGCAACGUUGGAUCCCUCAAUAAGGACGACAAGAAUGUCGGCACCGGCCUUGUUGGUGCGCCAGCGUGCGGCGAUGUCAUGAAAUUGCAGAUCAAGGUGGACGACAGUGGCAAGAUUGUUGAUGCUAAGUUCAAGACGUUUGGCUGUGGUUCAGCCAUUGCAUCCAGCUCCCUUGCAACUGAAUGGAUUAAGGGAAAAAAUGUAAAUGAAGCUAUGAAGAUUAAGAACACAGACAUCGCUAAAGAGCUGAGCCUUCCUCCAGUCAAGCUCCACUGUUCAAUGCUUGCCGAAGAUGCCAUCAAGGCCGCUCUCAGUGACUACAAGCGAAAGCGAGGGGAUCAAGGGACACCCAAGACGAGCGCAGAUGCCUCUGCAAGUAGUAACGGCUGAGGGUUUGUAAUGUUUGUUUAAGUUGUAGGAAGGUGAACUUUGUUGGAGUCGUCAAAGAACUGUAGUUGCCUCUCUUGCAAAGUAGAAUAAAGGGCAGUUUGCCGAGAUUAACUGAAGU